ACGAUGGACAGCAACGUGGUGCAGAUUUUUAAGGAGGACAAAUGCCCCUUAUCGCACCCCGAGAAGUGUUUACCCAACUUCACGUGGCAGUCUGCUGUCUCGGACAUUUAUAACUAUUCACUGAACGAAAGCUGGACGAACGAGCAGGAAACUAUGUCUCCUAUUAUCCCGAUCAUCACUGCCGUGUAUUCCGUAGUGUUUGUUGUAGGACUAGUGGGAAACUGCCUGGUGAUGUAUGUCAUUAUCAGAUACACUAAAAUGAAAACCGCCACCAACAUCUACAUCUUCAACCUGGCUGUUGCGGAUGCCUUGGUAACCACCACCAUGCCUUUUCAAAGCACUGAUUAUCUGUUGAACUCGUGGCCAUUUGGAGAGGUGGUGUGUAAGGUUUUCAUCUCCAUCGACUACUAUAACAUGUUUACUAGUAUCUUCACCUUGACCAUGAUGAGCGUGGACCGCUAUGUGGCCGUCUGCCACCCCGUCAAGGCCCUGGACUUCCGGACGCCGAUGAAAGCUAAGAUCAUCAACAUCCUCAUCUGGGUGCUGUCCUCGGCUGCUGGGAUCCCUGCGAUGGUUCUUGGGAGCACUCAAACAAACAACGGCACUACAGAAUGUGCUCUACAGUUCCCAGACCCAUAUAUCUACUGGGACACCUUGAUGAAGAUCUGCGUCUUCAUCUUUGCCUUUGUAGCUCCUCUCCUCAUUAUCACGGUGUGCUACACGCUCAUGGUCCUGCGUCUCAAGAGCGUCCGCCUGCUGUCGGGCUCCCGGGAGAAAGACCGCAACCUGAGACGCAUCACCCGUCUAGUGCUGGUUGUGGUGGCUGUGUUUGUGGUGUGCUGGACGCCCAUACACAUCUUCAUCCUAGUCAAAGCUCUUGCGCCAGGAGUGCCGGAGACCACUGCGGUCAUGGCCGCCUACUUCUUCUGCGUGGCUCUGGGAUACACCAACAGCAGCCUGAACCCCAUCCUGUACGCGUUCCUGGAUGAGAACUUUAAACGCUGCUUCAGGGACUUCUGCUGCCCGGGUCGGACCACGGGGGACGGCCACGGCGUCAGUCGGGUCAGAAGCACUCUUCGCGAGCACACGUGCCCAGCAGAGGCCAAAGGGGACAGGGGCCAAGGUCGACCCGUAUGACUAGCCGUGGAGCUGUCGUCCUUUCCCGGUCGAGAGGACUCAAAUGAUCUGGGACUGACGCAGAUCACCACCGCCAUCUGAGGAAGAGAUUGCACCCUUUUACGUUUAGAAAAACUAUUGCUAGAGCAAAAAGGGAUCUUUUAGCAAAAACAUUUACCCCCUCUCGCUCACGCAGGCUUUACCGGAAAAUAUAUUGCCGUAAAAAAUAGAUCACGUGUGAACCGGCUCUUUUUAAAAAUAUAUGAAUAGCUGUUAAAUUACUAGUAAUUUGCCGGCAAUGAUGCUGUUUGUGAACGUGAAAUGAAAUUACGUAUAUGAGCAUGUACGAGUUCUGGCGUGGAGGAAGCGUUUACUUUGCACUGUGUAGUUUGAUUUGAAGUUGCCUAAUAUGAUGUCCCUGGGCUUUCGGUAAAUCUCGUCACUAAAUUUAUUGGUAAUCUGAAAACGUUGCGUGAAAGGUGCUUUACCGGUUAUAAAGACAGAACAGACGAAAGACUUGAGAACCGCACCUUUUAAAUUUACUGGUAUAGUUGUUUUACUGAUAUUACUCUGUAAAAAGCAUUUUUAUAGUAUGCUAUAAAAAAAAUAUUUAAUUACUUACUGACAUAAUGUUAAAACACCAACCUGCUUAUAUUUUAAUGUAUGUUUUAUGCUUUUAUAAUAUGUUGACAACCACCAAAAACACAAAAAUGGUUCAUGAGAACGCCACAUGAUGAAUUAAAGCAUAUCACAGGCAACGUUUCCACUAGGCGUUAAUAUUAAUUUCAAAUAUAAUAAUGCAGUAAACAUUAAUUUACCAACAUAAAACCCCACUGUACAUAACUUUUAUUGAAAAAGGACAGUUAUUUCAAUCAAAAGCCAUCAAAUGUGAAGUGUUUAUUAAGUUUUCUUCACUGUAAAUGACAGGAUCACUUUUUAUUUGUAAUGUUUUCACUCCCAGCUGUAUAUUUAUUAACUGUUCCAGUAUUACAGUUUUUUUUAUAUAUAGUAAGGCUAAUUACCAUUAAGAAAUAAAUUUUCCUUUAAA